CUUGGGAUGAGAACAGCCUCAGAAAAUUAAGCAGAGGAACGGUAGCUAGAAACUGCAGAGAUGUGGCUGAACUGUCUUCUGGUUGUUUUUCUCAGCUCUAUUCAUUUAGUAUACUCGCUCAAUUUUGAAGAUGCUGACACUGAUAUUGACCCAGAGGAGGAAUGGGACUCGUUGGAAAGUUUCACACUAAGCCCAGAUGAUGAUGACGACACUGAGAACAGUGGUGACGGUGAUGGAUUUAUGACACAAUUCAAAGCUAGUUUACCGGACUCCAACCCAGUUCAAGUCAAAGCCGGUUUGGACUCAAAACCAUUUAAAGUCAAACCCGAUUUAUCGGACUCAAAACCAGUUCAAGAAAAAGGCGGUUUAUCGGGCUCAAAACCAUUUAAAGUCAAACCCGAUAUAUCGGACUCAAAACCAGUUCAAGUCAAAAACGGUUUAUCUCACUCAAAACCAUUUCGUCCGCUAUUACUACCGGGGUCAGUACGAAUACAGGCAUCUAUGCUACAUAAAGAACUUUUCACCCCAGAAAGGCACAGUAGGCCGGUGCCUCCGCUGCUCAAAUCAAUACUUCUGGCCGAAACGGCCGAUGUGAAACCUAAGAAACCUGUCUCUGAUCCGAAUAUGGAGGUGAUGUGUUACAUGGACCGGAUUCACGUAAAAGUGCGGAGAAGUUUGUUUUCCGACCCCAGCGCAUGGAAAAAACUGAAGCUAGGAACGUGUGCUGUCAACAAAGUCUCAGAUACUCACUAUCAAUUUUUGUACUAUCUGAAAGGAUGUGGCAUACAACGAGGGGAGGAUGCAGAUCGUGUGACUUACUCGAACACGCUCCAAUAUAUGCCAGAUGCCACUGAGCUGAUUGUGAGGGAACAGUCGUUUAGGGUGCCUAUUCGGUGUAGCUACACAAAGUUCCAUCGCUCUUAUAAGGUAGGAUUCUUACCCCACGUAGCAGGUGGAGUCUUGUACAAGUCCAUAGAAACUCGAACAGGGCCCACACUUGCUGCAAUGGAUGCGUCUUGGAACUUGCUUCCGGUUGGCCAGAGCUUUGACCUUGGCAAACCCGUAUGCUUUGAAGCUAAAAGUCCCAGCAGGGGAGCAAGAAAACGGCUGUACCUGAACCGUUGUUUUGUCACUUCCAAACCAAGCCCUUGGUCGAAGGAUAAAUAUUCUGUUGUUGAGAAUUAUGGAUGCCUAGUGGACAGUAAGAACAGCGUUUGGACAAAGUUCUACACCAGUGAUGACAAGAUGACUGUGAGACUUUGUGUGGGAGCUUUUCUGUUUAAACACAUGGUUUCCCAACCACAGUCCAGUAAGACCAUGUAUUUGCAUUGCGAGUUGGACUUUGGACCAGAGACUCCUACACCUAGUGCCAAGUCAUGCAUGUAUAACAGACACACCAAGAAGUGGACUGAGCUGUAUGGUGAUGCCUCUGUCUGUAACUGCUGUGCAUCUACAUGUCCUGCUUCUCCAAGGAUAUCUGGUAAGUCAAUGAUCACCAGUGAGUCCUGGGAAUUGAAGAUGGGAAAGGAAACCUCAUCACCAGAGGAGGCCAUGCCUGAGUUCCCUUUAACUGGCGAUGACUUUGAGUUUUCCUGGGAAUCAGAGGAUUACUAGAAGUAUCACUUUUACAGAUGGCAGAUGUUUUAAGUUGGAUCACAGAAUAACGCUGUUAUAGUCCAUGUGGUUAUGCCUUGUCAAGCUAAUGUGAUAAACUGAAUUUACU